UUGAACAGUCAGGAAAAUCUUUAGUCAGAUCUUAGAAUAGGUAUACAUGAUUGUCCCAAUAAAAACUCUGCAACAAUUUGCACAGCAGUAAACGAAUUGAGAUUCAGUUGCAAUAGUAGGAGAUAAAAAUGUCAAGCUUACUACUCCCAGAAGAUAUAAUCUCUAACAUUCUUUCUCGGUUACCGGUGAAAUCAAUCUUACGAUUCAGGUGCGUUUGUAAGUCUUGGUGUCGAUUGUUUCGUGACCCUAAUUUUAUUAAACUACAUUUAGAUCGUGAAACUGAAAAGGAAAAUUUUAGUCUCAUGUGGGAUUAUAAAAACAUGAUUUGCUCUACAGACUACAAUUAUGAAUAUUCAUCAUCGUCGUUAUCAUCAGUACUCUAUAAUGAAACUGUUAAUGCAGAUUGCACUGUUGAUAGAGCUAUACAAUAUAAAUUUUAUGAUGAUUACGAGAAGCAAAUGCGUAAUAGAACAUGUGAUAGUUAUUUUUCAAUGGAUGGGUUUAAAUUUAUAAGUUCUUGUAAUGGUGUUGUUUGCUUGACUGCUCCCGGUUUAGUUCUCCUUUGGAACCCAUGUACAAGAGAAACCCGGAAAAUUCCACGUAAAAGGGGGUGCAUAGGUUUUGGUUGUGAUUCUGAAACUGGUGAUUUCAAGAUGGUAGAACUUGCAAGCAUCAAUACGAGAAAAAGAAGAGGCGUAUAUUCAAAUCGUGAAGACUUGGAGAAUAAUAUUCUCCGUGUCUAUUCAUUUGAAUCAAAUUCAUGGAGAGUCAUCCCAAAAAUCCCUUACAAACAUACUUCUUAUGAUAUUGUUUUCUUCGAAGGAGCUUUUCAUUGGUUGGCAAGCCCAUCUAAUGGAUCCGAAGAUUCCAAACAAGUUUUAGUUUCUUUUGCUAUGCUUGAUGAGAGCUUCCAGGAAGUGCUACUACCACAACAUCUUUAUCGUUAUAAUAUAACUUCAAGUGCGACAACAGUAGCUGUUGUGGGGGGAUUUCUUGCUCUAAUAUAUACUGUUUACAAUAUUCGAACAGAAAUAUGGGUGAUGAAGGACAACGGAGGAAGAAAUUCUUGGACUGAACUUUGCAUCAUGGACCUACAGAUAAUUUGUGAACAUCCUGUUACGCGCUCGACCUUUAUACGGUCUUUCAAGAAUGGCGAGUUACUAUUUCAAAAGUCUUCUAAUCAGGAUGGAAGACAUCUGUUUUUAUAUGACCCUAUUCACGGAAAAGGUAGAGCUAUAGAUAUCCAUAGUAUGCCACCACAGUUUACCAAAUACUAUAUUUCCAUCAGUUCUUAUAUCAGGACUUUGGCUUCAGUAGGCUCCAAUACUCAAAGGAAGAUAACACUUAGGGACAGAACAGUUGUUUGUAUGGGAUAAUUUCUUAAAUGUUAAAUUUAUCUUAUUUACAUUGUAUUUGCAUUGUUUUAAUGGUUUUGGCUUUGAAUAAA